UCCUUCAUCCUCUCCCAACUUGUGGGAAAGAGGAAGCGACGCCGGCGAGAUGUCUCCUCCGCCUCUCCCUCCCCGCACGGUGAUCUGCGUCGGCGAUGUCCACGGCUACAUCUCCAAGCUGAAGAGCCUGUGGGCCAAUCUCCAGUCCGCGCUCCCCGCCGAAACCUUCGCCGCCGCGCUCGUCGUCUUCCUCGGCGACUACUGCGACCGCGGCCCCAACACCCGCGAGGUCCUCGACUUCCUCAUCGCGCUCCCGGCCCACCACCCGGGCCAGCGCCACGUCUUCCUCUGCGGCAAUCACGACCUCGCGUUCGCCGCAUUCGUCGGGGCGCUUCCGCCGCCGCCGGACGGCUCGCCGUUCUCCGCCACCUGGGCUGAGUACAUCCAGAACGAGGAGAACGAGGGGUGGUACCGUGGCCCUGGCCACGAGGGGAUGCACGCCCAGGGGAGGAGAUGGGGUGGGAUCAUAAAGGAGAAGAGGAAUCUGAAGAGGGGGUCGUUGUACCUGGGCUCCAUCUACGACGCGCAGCCUACCUUCGAGUCCUACGGCGUUGCACAUGGAUCCCCAGAUCUUAUGAAGGCUGUACCUGAGGAGCACAAGAAAUUUCUGCACGACUUGGUUUGGAUCCAUGAGGAGGAAAAUGUGCCUAUUGAUACCAAUGAAGGACAGCUUAUUUGUAAGCUGAUUGCGGUUCAUGCUGGCCUGGGGAGGUCAAUUGAUUUGAACGAGCAGUUUAGAGUUUUGAGAACUAAAGAUACAAGGGUCUCAAAGGUUGCAAUGCUGAGCGGGAGGCAAGAUGUCUGGAACAUACCCAAGGAUCUGGCUGGCAAGCAGACCAUCGUUGUAAGUGGCCACCAUGGGAAGCUCCACAUAGAAGGCCUCCGGUUUGUCAUCGAUGAAGGUGGCGGGUAUGCAGACAAACCUAUAGCUGCUAUUGUGUUUCCUUCGAAGGAAUUGAUCAGGAGCACAGAAGGAACUACAUCCCAGAAUUGAUCCAGGUAUCAUCAGGAUUCAGGAGUAGUGCCCUGGCACCAGUCUGGUGCAGACCUGAAGGUAGUAGUGCCCUGGCCCUCACAUCAGCUACCGGAUGACUGAAAGUGCUCUAUACAAUUGCAACAUCUGAAGAAAUGUGAGUUCCGAAAGACUGAAACACACUAGCGUGCUUUGGCAAAAAAAGAAAAAAAAAAGCUCACAUGUAAAUUGCUGUAUGCCUAAUACCAGUACCACUACUACCUUGGAACUGCAACUACUACAAGAGUUAUGUUUUACUCUCCUUUU